AUCUAUCCGCCAGUAUCCCACAAUCGCGUCUCUCGAAGAACGAUCCGCCCGCCAUGGCGCCCUUCACCAACCGCUCCUUCGCAAACACCCUCCCCAACUCCAUCGCCGCGCGCUACCGCAAAGCCCUCACGAAGCACCCCUUCCUGCUCUUCGGCCUUCCCUUCCUCACCACCAUUGUCGCAGGCAGCUUCAUGCUGACGCCCGCCACCGCCCUCCGGUACGAGCGCUACGAUCGCAAGAACCAGCAGAUCACGCAGGAGGAGAAGAUGGGCUUGACGCAGGAUAGAAGGAAGGUGAAUAUGAAGGAUGAAUAUUAUCGCUUGCAGGCGAAAGACCUCGAGAACUGGGAGCAGCGGCGCGUUAAGAGGUUACCGGGCGAGGUUGAUGGCAUAUUGGAGUGAUAGAAGGGUGGGACUAGUACAAGCAUUUGGAACGGCGUUUGGGCAUCGGGAGCAUAACAUUUACCUUGUUGUACAAUAUGUUGUGCAUGGACAAGAUGUUGAAUUUACGCCGCUUCACCACUCUUGGAUGGGUAGAGAUUAUGUGAAAUGUACACAAGAGAGUCAUGACGCAAUUUCCACAUAAGAGCUUGAAAAAGUCGGAUGUCGUCUUAAAUUCUUCAUUGCAAACCGUAGACAUAUACUGUAUAGCAGCUCG